AUACAUGCCUAGAGUUAAAGAUGAUAACUUUCACCCUUCUCUCGCCACCACUUGCUUGAAUAUUUGUCACAUUUCCCCAUUUUCCCGAGAAAAAUCCAAUCAAAUAGAAUUUUGCCGUCUGAAUUUGUGUAAGCUUCCCCUUAUUUAUUCUGCGGCGGCGUUCUGGAUCAUGAAUCUUUCCGGGAACUGAAGGAAAUCGAAAGAAACAAAGAGUAUUUUUGAGUGAAGAAAGGGAAACAAAAAAAAAUGGCUUCUUCUUCCCUGGAAAUUGUUAAACUGUGUGGGUCUCCUGUAUCAAUUUCCCGCCAUCAAUCUCCAGUAAAAUUGGAACCUAGAAAAAGGGUUUUCAGAUUAGCCGAUUCUAGGAAUUGGCAUCGUCUUGGUAGAUGUGUUAGGGUUUGUUCAUCUGCUCGUGACGGCGAUAAUCAAUCAAAAGGUGAUGAACCUCCAGAGUCUUUAUUUAUGAAAGAAUUGAAGAGACGAGGUAUGACUCCUACUUCGUUGCUUCAAGACUAUGAAGUGGAUGUAGAUGAGGUCAAAACCGGUAAAGAAACCGGAAACAGCACUAAAACAACUGCCACUACUCCCGCAUUUGACCAAAGCUUGUUAAACCAGAGAGAGAGAUCAUUGGCUUUAAACAGUGAAGGGCUUGAGGGAUUGAUUCCGCGUGCUAAGAUCUUGCUGACGAUUGGAGGGACUUUCUUCUUGGGUUUUUGGCCGUUGAUAGUCUUAACUCUUGGAGCCUUUUCCGCGCUUUACCUUUACUUUGGAGCAGAUUUCGUUCAUGAUGGAAGCAGAACUCCGGUUUCACCACCACCGUACAUCGAUCCAUAUGCUCUGUUGGAGGACGAGAGGAUAUCAGGGAUCGACCCUCGUGUAAAUUAGCCGGACAUAUACUGUAUGUUUCUUUCUGCUCUUCAUAAGUAGUGGUCAAUGUAUUGCUCUGAAGUAUAUAUUUGUCUUUCCUGUAAUAUAUUCGUUACGCAUGUAGAAAAAGAAAGUUGCUUCUCUAUUCUUGCGAAACUUUUUAAAAGGGCUCAGUAAAAUGUAGGAAAGUGUCAAUCUUUCACCUCAGUUCUCAAGAAAUCAAAAACUGAUAUUUAUUCU